GCAGCCGGCUGAGAGGCGUCUGGCGUUUGAGUCGUGGGAGUGUCGCCGGGGGAGGCGCUGGGCUGCGGGGGCCCGGAAGCCUGGCGGGUGGCCGUGGGAGGGCGCGCGUCCUGGCGGAGGUGCGAUCAAGGGCCGCACGUGUGUCCGCGCGCCGCGGCCGGCGCUGCGUUCCCCAGACCUAGCGGUGAUCAACUGAGACCAGGCGGACCCAAGCUCUGAGCCGGCAGUGGCUCCGAGGGGUCCUCCUCUCUACUGCCUGAGCUUCGGCCUUGGCCGGCCUGGGAGCUUCGCAGUUGGCCACACCGGCCUUUUACACGCCGAUGACUGGCCUUAUUCGAAGGAGGUUUUCGGUGGACGUUAGGGGACCGAGAGGGGCCCCUGUGAGGGACCAACCCUCCCGUCCCCACAGUCCUGCCCUCGCUGAAAAGAGAUUGCGUCAGAGCCCCUGCAUCCCCGAUAGAGUCACUUUCAGGCGUCUCGAGCAGCCGAAAUAUCUCCGAGAGGCGACACAUUCAUCCGGAGAGCUAUUGCUCUAACUAGAACUUGAGGGCGACGGCUGGGGAAGUAGGCACAUCUUAGAGCUGCUGGGGGCAGUGGGAUUUUCUUACUUUCAUGGGUUUGCGAGGGAGGUUUGGGCUGUUUGAUCCAGAGCCCCGUGGAGAGAGGCGAGGGAGGCGCAGCGUGAAGAGACAGCAAAAGCAUCCCAGGAGAGGGUGUGUAAAGGCAACAGGACCUGAUAACGUUUUUCCCCCGGCAGUCUUGCUGGACUGGCUAGUCUGUGUCCAUCAAAGUGGACCUGAUUUUCACGGCUCUUUCGCUUCCCUUAACUCCACUUUUCCAGGAAUCUGUCCUUCCUGAAAGGAGAAAAUGACAAAGUUCCAGCCCUAUGUCCGCAGCAUGAUACUGGAGUCCACCACCCUCAGCUGAUGCUCAGCCCUUUCUUGGUGCACGUGUAUUCAGCUCACAGGGGACACCUCUGCUGACUGGGCUUGGCAUGAAUCUAAUAAGAAUCCAGAUGGAGACUUGAAUGAAAAUUUUGUGGAAAAUGAAGAUAAAGUACUUACAUUAUCUAUUACCUCAAGAGCCUUCCUGCUGGCAAAUUUUGGAAGAGGUGGCUUAGUACAGUAACGAGGAGUCAGAAUUAAAUUGUGAAUAUUCACAGGGAGGUGUAAGUAACCCUGAACUGGAUCUUUCUACUUGUCAGAAGUGGAGAAAAGUAUCUUCUAAUAUUUCCAGGAACCACAAGCAGUGUGGUGACUCUUCAGAGUGGUGAUUUAAAAAAACAUGGAGAGUGAAGAAUAUUCAUCUUUGAAAGUCCCAAUCCAGAUGGCCACCCAGGACUCCUCAUUCUGUAAGAAAGAGCCCCAGGAUCCUCAGGAAAGCAAAAGUCUGUUUGUAACUGAAGAAAGCACUGAGAGGAAACUGACAGGGGCAAAAAGUCCUCCCAUUGAGCAUUGUUCAGAGAACCUUCAAGAUAAACUUGUGGCUGAUGUGAAAGAAGUGGUCUUGCCAUUGCUCAAAGGGGAGACAGUCUGCCAUAUUGGCCAGUUGAAAGAAUCCUUGGAGCCCUUUGACUAUAACCACAAAGACGUUUGUGGUUGGAAAUCCCGGGUGGCCAGUCAUCAUUAUCAGAGAGCUCAUACAGAGGAGAAGCCCUGUAGCCAUCAAGACUGUGGGAAAACACGUACCGCCAGCCCAGGUGGUCACCCUGGUGAGAAAAUCCGCCCUUCAGAGAAAGUAUACAAAUGUAGUCAGUGUGGCAGGGACUUCAGUGAGCGCUCAGAUCUAGUCCUUCAUCAGAGGGACCACACUGAAGAAAAGCCCUACAGAUGUGAUCAGUGCGGGAAGGGCUUCACAAGGAGCUCAAGUCUCCUCAUCCACCGUGAAGUCCACGCAGAUGAGAAGCCUUAUAAGUGCGAUAAGUGUGGGAAGGGCUUCACCAGGAGUUCAAGUCUGCUCAUUCAUCACUCAGUCCACACAGGUGAGAAGCCUUAUAAAUGCGACAAGUGCGGGAAGGGCUUUACUCAGAGCUCCAAACUGCACAUCCACCAGCGAGUGCACACCGGCGAGAAGCCCUACGAGUGUGGGGAGUGCGGCAUGAGCUUCAGUCAGCGCUCCAACCUGCACAUCCACCAGCGCAUCCACACAGGGGAGAGGCCCUACAAGUGUGGGGAGUGCGGGAAGGGCUUCAGUCAGAGCUCAAACCUUCACAUCCACCGCUGUUCACACACGGGGGAGAAGCCUUACCAGUGCUACGAGUGCGGGAAGGGCUUCAGCCAGAGCUCAGACCUCCGCAUCCACCUGAGAGUCCACACUGGGGAGAAGCCCUAUCACUGUGGCAAGUGUGGGAAGGGCUUCAGCCAGAGCUCCAAACUCCUCAUCCACCAGAGAGUCCAUACUGGAGAGAAGCCCUACGAGUGCAACAAAUGUGGGAAGGGCUUCAGCCAGAGCUCCAACCUCCACAUCCACCAGCGGGUCCACAGGAAAGAUCCCCAUUAAAUGAGGUCUUCAAUCACAUGCUCUUACUCCAAAGACUUCAAUAUUUCUAACAUCACUCUUACUUUCACAUUCUCAGGAUGUAGUAAGAGUUAUUCAGAUAUGUUCCCUCACUGAAAGUCAUUCACUCAAGGUAUUUAAGUACCAAGCACUUUGUUAUGCUACACAGUGAAUUGAUUGUUCUUGUUGCUUAGAUGGGUAGAGUGAAAACGUCUGUACUUUGCCAUUCACCCAGUGUUACUAGAGCUACAUAUCCUACUCAGCAUUUCUAAGUGCAAGAACCUUAUAUUUGUCUAAGCAGAACACGUUUCCUUUGUUCACACUCUCUGAGAAUCUGGGACUUUGGCUUUCUCUUCAAAUCGUGUGCCUUGUGUUUUUCAUAUUUCCUUCCAGCCCUGAGUAGCCCUCUUUAAAUUAUGAUUGCACAAUAUGUUUUAAUAUUUGCUAUAACCCCCAAAAGUCAUUUGCUUUUGCAACAUUGUUCCUGAGCCACACUUGGGUCUUCUUGGCCGAGCAGAGUACAGCCGAUCUACUGACACUGGGUUGUAAAGUAAGUGCACCAUUUACUGCAGGGCACCAAAGGAGUCCAAGCAGCUGGUGCUCAUCAGACCCAAACUGAUGGCUUUCAGAGAAACAUAAGGUGAGGAACAGGGGACUGUGGGGUGCAUGAUCAGUUCAUGGACAUUCUUCUCAUUGGUUGAUGGUGAGGCAAUUAAGAGUCAAUAUCAUCAACCCAUCUGGGGUCUGCUUGCUUAUGGGCAGCAAACAACUUCUUGCAUCUGGUGGCAGUUUCAGUAUCUGCAAAACAGCUCAAAUGACAUGGCUCAGAAUAUUAUCUAUAUUCUAGAGGAAUUACAGGUCCUUGCUUCACUUAAUGGCUAAACUAUUAUUGUUUUGUUUUGCUUGGCUUUUUUCCUUUCUUUCUGUAUUUUCUCUCUUCUCUGAUUAAAUUUACACUUUGGAACUUGA